AUGAUUGCGAUCACGCAACCCAACUUUUACGAGAGAAACCUGCCUUUUAUUGUGUAUGGCAAACACAACUUCAAUGCUGAGGAAGAGGACGAGAUCAGCUUCAAUGCCUCCGAGCCUGUUGUUGUGCUGGAACGCGACGAGCUUUACAAUGACGGCUGGUGGCGGGGAAGGAACGUCCGUGGAUUGGUUGGCCUCUUUCCGAUGAACUUUGUUAUGGACGAACCAGCGGCGGGUCUCUCUUCGGCAAAUAUGAAUCACAUCCAUGUGAGCCAAUACGAAAUGUCGUACGACGAACCUGCGAGAGCUCCCUCGACUCCUCUUCCCCCUGUUCCCAAUGAAGAUGGUCAAUUUGGAAAAGGCGCAUACGUCAACACGGACACAAAUCAAAUUGUCGAAGAGCCAUCGGUCACCGAAGGGUCACACCCCAUCACAUGGAAUGUGGAGCAGGUUGGACAGUGGCUCGACGAAUCUGGCUUUCCCUUUGCGGUGUCAAUCUUUACAGAGAAACAAGUGAAUGGCGAAACGCUCUUGGAACUCAACUUGUCAAGUCUUCGACAGCUGGGUCUCGAAUCAUUGGGCGACCGUAUCAACAUUCUUCACUCCAUUCUGGCACUGAAGGAGGAUUUUGCAAAUACCUCAACGGAACUGCCAAUUCGUGCAGCACAGUCCUUACCGGAUGCGCCGGAGGACAAAAGAUCGCAGGAAUCACUGUCUGUCCGCACCAGCAUCACUAAAAAGUCCCCAUCCAACGUACCGUCCCAGGAUUCGGGAUUUGCCGAGGAAGAUGAAGUUGGUAACAUUGAACAAAAGUGGUCGUACCGAGUCCAUAAUCCGGACGACGAGCAGGAAAGGGAGGAGCGGCUGCGGAGGACAGUAUCAUAUUUCACUCUAAGCGACUAUUUAUAUGAUACUGGUGACUCCCCAGAGUCACCCGAAGAGUCACCUGUUGGUACUACAGACAUUCCUCUUUCCCCAAAUCCGUUGUCACAGGAAGAAGCUGAAUCAUCCGACUCGGACGAGGAGGUUCAUGAAAAUACCCCAGCGAGCAGGUCUGUCGGUGGAAUCGUUGGCCAACCUGCCGAGCCUGAAAGCAAAACUUCACUGGAGGAUAUAAGGUCACCCACGUCACCAACUUCACCGACUUCACCGACUUCACCGUCUUCGCCGACUUCUCCCUCGACUUCUCCAAAGGAACACGAACCCAACUUCUUACAUUUCCUUGCCAAGUCACGAUCGGAUUUCCGUGGCUUAGCACGAAAUUUGACACGAGGCCAUCGUAGAUCCAAACAUAGCAAAACACAGUCUGUUGAUCUGGAUCGCCAGUUUCCAAAUCCAGAUCAUGCUGGGUGGCUUCAUGUUCGAGUUGGUCAUGCGAAGGGCUGGAAGAAGCGAUGGUGUGUUUUGAAUGCUGGAAUCUUGCACAUCUUGAAGGGUCAGAGUAACCCUCAUGUCGUGGCAGAUAUUCCUAUUGGUGAUAACUAUACGAUUCUACCAGACGCUAAUUCUGCACAUGCUCGGUUUGCCUUUAUGGCAAUGCAUCGUGAUGCCCCUACUAUUCACUUUUCCGCGGAUACACAACUAGCAAUGGUCAGCUGGAUUAAUGUUAUGGUUCGAGCUGGACAACACAAAGGGCGUGCAGGACCGGUUCCGCUCAUCCCAAUCAAGAACAACGACCGCUUAUCGCGGAUUCCGAUCAGUGGAUCGUUUGAACGCUUGUCACUCCACUCUCACCCGUCUCUCUCGUCCCUAUCGAAUGUCGCAAAAAAUCCAAAGUUCUUUUCGGAGCGUCGCGGAACAGCAGGCGCCAAUAGAUUGUCCGUGGCCUCAUCUACUGGUGCUGGGUCAUCAGACUCUGGAGAUCGACCUGUGGGUGCGGGGCCAGGUAUGUUUGGGUCAGCUGAACCGGGCCGGACUGCCGCAAGCUGGUCAGUCCCACAUAGUGGAAAGGGAGCGGUCGAGAAACAAGGUUUGGGUUUUGGAAGAGGAAGGGACAUUGUUAUUAUUGCGGCAACGUGUCCAACAUGCCUGGGUGACAAUCGGCUGACCCUUCCACAGUUUGGGUACUUUACGCCAGUUGCCAUUUGCACGUACUGCUAUCCCUUCAUACAAAUGACCCGCAUGUCCCGUGAACAGCUAGGAUCUCUUCCAACAAAGCAACUCCAAAGCUACAUAAAAGCAUACAACCUUAAUGCCGCAAACCUGAUUGAAAAGUCUGAACUUAUAAGGUUGAUUUCCGGGACUGAGUUGGGCGAGACGGAAGAGCGCGCUUUUCGAAGUACCGCGCCGAGCUCCCCAAUAGCUGACCAGGGUUCAUCUGGGGAAGGUCGGAGGAGAGAAGGGAGCGCUCCGUCCAGAUUGGAGAGAGAACGGCCGGAGGGAGACUGGAAUCGUAAUCGGGCACAGGCCCGAGAGCAGCAACGGAGAGAACGUGAGCGGGAACGAGCAGAGAGAGACUGGGUGCAGCGUGAGCGAGCACGGGCAAGAGAGCAGGAACAGAGAGAACGUGAGCGGGAACGAAGAAUGCGCGAACAUGAACGAGAAGCGAGGGAACGCGAGCGGGAAAGGCGGGAGUGGGCUAGGGAAAGCGAACGAUGGAGGGAGGACAAUGGUUCCAGGUAUCCGGGUCAGAACGCAGUUGAAGCUGUUGAAAACAUGUUUGAGGGUAUGUUUGGAGGUGGGCGCAACAGCGGACGGCCCAAUGGUGGAGGGUGGAAUUCCGCAGAGCCAUUCGGACCUGGAUUCCCUUUUGUGCCACCAGGCACUAUACCGCACUUUCCUGGAUCGGAAUUCAUACCGCCUUUCGUUUCUCCAACCCCCCACGCCCCACCGCCACAACAUCCCUUCAAUGCACCCCAGCAUCCACAGCAGAAUCCCGCACAACGCCCCACACCACCACCUCAGCCUUCCGGCUCCCAAACCACGCCGCCAGCAGAAGUACCUAGUCUAAAAGCCCUACUUCAAACCAACACUGACCCAUCCGGUCUUUCGGCCAAAACCCUGAAGCAGAUUCUAAAGAAUAAUAAAGUUGAGUUUGGGAACGUCCUGGAAAAGAGUGAACUGGUGACCAGGGUCAAACGUCUGUUGGACAGCGAAAAGGCCGAGAUGGAGAAGAAUGGUGGAGAUGAUGAAGAUGGGUUGUGUAAGAUAUGCUGUGAUGCACCCAUAAACUGCGUAUUCUUGGAAUGUGGGCAUCUUGUUACAUGUAUGGAAUGUGGAAAGGCACUCGAAAGGACUUCGCGUGAGUGUCCUAUAUGCCGAGAACGUAUUUCAAGGAUAGUGAGAACAUUCAAUGCAUGA